AUGGCUACACCAUCUCAAAGAAAAAGAAUAAGUUUGAUCGUAUUGUUAAUUUUAUAUGGAACAGCUGAUGUUUGGUGCAGUUUACCGGUUGAUUUGGCUGCUGAAGAAAAAGUGCUUCCACCAACCACAUUACCGUUAACGUCGCCAUCAUUAAGCAUCACCACAGUCAACGUUUCCACGUCUACCUACGCCACGGCCAUCCCGCCUAUACCACCCAGUGACAGAGACCGAUUCCUCACCUUCGCGGAGUCUGGCCAUCAUCAGACCUUCAUGUUUGCUAAGGACAAUACUUAUAUACAGCUAGAUGGUGAUAUUAUACAGAGGUUUCAACUUAGGUUAUGCAGGGAAAUAUCGUUCAAAUUCCGCACACGUUUGCCACACGGCCUUUUAGUGUACCAUAAUGUCAAGAACCCAGUUUUUAAAAUGCAGCCGUACGCUUUGUACGUAAUUGUAGAAAAAGGUGAAUUGAAAGUGGUCCAUGUAUUCGGCAAGCAUCUAACCUCAGUGACGGUUGGUAGAGCAUUGAAUAGAGACCAAUGGCACAGCGUUGUAGUCACAAUAGAUGUUCAUGGCGCUAGACUUAUUGCUAAGGUGGACCAUCUCAAAGAAGAAGUAUAUUUGAAGGGUUUAAGCUUCGACACAAAUUACGGUAUUACCGAUAACUUGACAUCCGUAAUUCUUAUCGGAGGUCUCAGCUCAGAAGAAAAACUUCAUGGAGUAAAAUACAUAAUAGAAUCGUUCGUCGGUUGCAUCAGUGAUAUGGUCCUAAGUUCUGGCAAAGCGGCUUCAGAUCUCCUACCAAUAGUGCCUUUAAUAGCUACCAAGCACGAAAACGUUAAGGAAGGCUGCAUUGAUAAAUGCAGAACUAUGGAAAAUCUAUGUUUUGGAGGAUCCAGAUGUAUCAAUGAGUACAAUGGAUACAGAUGUGAUUGUUUCGGGACUUUGUAUGAAGAGCAUCUUUGUGAUGUAUUCACGGCAACAGUUCUAACUCUACGAGGCUCGAGUUACGUGUCGUAUCGUGUUUACGACUGGAAGGACAGAGUGCACUCGACUAGCACGCGUGUCAGCAUGCACUUUAAGACUAGAUUCGACGAUUCAGCUCUAUUCUACGCGAGUGGACAAAUAGACGACAAACACCAUUACAUCGCUCUGUCGAUACACGAUGAAAAAGUGGCCGUGCAAAUAGAUUUAGGUGACGGGCCGGUCGAAGACUAUUUAGGAGAAAAAGUCAACAACAACAUGUGGCAUAAUCUCACCGUCCUACUACAAGACCAAACCAUAUACGUGUACCUCGACAACAUUACAGAAACUUACGAAGUACCAGGAAAUGCUCGAUAUUUAUGUAUUGAUCCAGAAAUCUACAUAUGUGGCGGUCCAGAUUUACAAAAAAUGAAAGGAUUGAAAUCGUUCAACAAUUUCGCUGGCAACUUAAAAUACGUUUAUUACAAUGACGUGUCCAUUUUAUACGAGUUGAAGCAAAAUAACCCCAAAGUCCACUACAUAGGGGUGUUGGAUCCUGAGUUCGAGGAGAUAGAUAUAGAAGUGAUACCAAUUACGUAUCCUUUUGCGACAUCCCAUAUUUGGUGGCCGUUGAAUCAGAGCCACACUGUCAAUUUGAAGUUUGAUUUUAAAACGAGUAAGAACAUGGCGGUGUUGGCUUAUAGUCAGACGUCCACACAAGGUUACUGGGAGGUAAGGAUGGUGAAAGAAGAGAUUAGGUUCGAGUUAGUUUCGGACGUCAGUAAAAAUGUGACUGCGUUGAAAUCUGUGAAGUUCAACGUUAGCAAUGAUUGGCACAACGUCGAGUUGGAUUAUAGAAAGGGAAGGAUCAAAAUGACUGUGGACCAACAUAACAAACAUGUACAGAUGUUUGGUCUGGACUUCGAGCUUCAAGACAAAAUCGUAAUAGGCAGUAGUUUGAAACCGAACAACUUGGGUCUAAUUGGGUGCAUGAGGAACAUAAAAAUAAAUGGGAUGCUAAUUGAACCGAGAUAUGUGAUAAGAACUGAGAGAGUGAUCGGUGAGGUGGCUAUAGACGAUUGUAGAUAUGUAGACCCAUGUACAAGACCCAAUACUUGUGAGCACGGAGGUAUCUGUUCCGUUAGAGACGACAGAGUCAUAUGCAACUGUGAUAAUACUGGUUACAUCGGCGAGAAUUGUCACUUUGCAACAUUCCGAAAAACUUGUGAAGAGUUAGCCCUAUUAGGGUACACUAGAAAUGACGUCUACCUCAUUGACAUCGAUGGGAAUGGGAAGUUUCCACCAGCACAUGUAAAAUGCGAAUUCCAGAUCGAAGCUGACUCUUCUACUACAGUUGUGGAACAUAAUCUGCCUAGCCAAGUUGACGUUCGUUCAGCAUCAGGCAAUGACUUUAGCUUCAGUAUUAAAUACAGGGAGUUCACAGCGGAGAUGCUUCAAGAGCUCAUCUCCCAUUCCUUGUAUUGUAGGCAGUACAUUAAGUAUGAUUGUAUGAAAGCACCUUUGGAGUUGCACAGCGCUACUUGGUUUAUAUCAUCGUCUAACAAUACGGUGGACUUUUUGGGGAGUGUUAAAAGAGGUUAUUGCCCAUGUGGUGUGAAUGCAACUUGUGUAAACGCUACCAAGUCUUGCAAUUGUGACUCUAAUGAAGAUGGCAAAUGGCAUAGCGAUGAAGGUACCUACGUGGAACCAAGCAGUCUUGGCAUCACUGACAUGUUCUUCUUACAACAAAAAGAUUUACCUGAAGAUGCUCAAGGAAGAAUUACUUUAGGACCUCUAGAGUGUGUUGAAACAAACACCCAGCGUUACGUCGUCACAUUCACGACAUCUCAGUCCUACAUCGAGGUGCCUGGUUGGAGGAAAGGAGAUAUCGCCUUCAGUUUUAGAACAACUGGUACUAGUGCCAUCUUGUUGUUCCAGCCACCAAUCAGGCCUAACUAUCCGUCUUUUAUGGUCGCUUUGACUAGCGAACAUGAGCUCACCUUCAAUUUUACUCUCAACACUGGUACAACUCGAAAAUUGGUAAUCAACUCCAAACGUAAACUAAACGGUGGAGAAUGGCACAAGAUCUGGAUAGACUAUAAUUUCUACCACGUCCGGUUUAUGCUGAACACUGAGUAUCAGAUGCUGAACUUGUUGUUAGAGGAAGAAUUUGGACCCUUUGAAGGUUCUAUGUUCAUUGGCGGUGCUACAGCAGAGCAUCUAAAAAAAUCUGCAGUAAACCAAGGCCUAAUCGGCUGCUUUAGAGGUUUAGUGGUAAAUGGUGAAAUUUUGGACAUCUACAGUUACAUGUCCGUCCAUCUAUCAGAAAUCAUAAAGGAUUGUAAACCAUCGUGUGUGCCAAACCCAUGUCUGAAUAAGGCCAUUUGUAAAGAACUCUGGUCCAGUUAUGAGUGUAUUUGUAAGAAUCCCUGGGCGCACUUGGGUACACAUUGUGAAGAAAACAUAAACGAGAAAGCACUAACAUUCCAAACGAAAGAAGCCUAUCUAAAGAAGAACUAUUUAGUAAACAAUGAAACUGACGCAGAAAAGAAUCGUCUAAAGAAAAUGAUGACAGAAAACGUCCUUAUGAACUUAAGAACGUACGAUGACGAUGCAUUAGUACUAUAUGCUAAUGACAAUCUCAACAAUUUCAUACAUCUCUUCAUACAUAACGGCACGGAAAUAAUUUAUCUAUUCAACGAUGAAGAUGAAGUCCUACAAAUGAACGUUACUUAUAAAAAUAUUAACAAAGGAGAAAGUGUACAGAUCGCUAUUAUCAGAACUGAGAACACUACAACGCUACAUGUUAAUGAAAACAAUGUCACUAUUGAAAGGACUGCUAAGUUGUUGAAUAAUUAUACUAACAAACCUUGGAUUAACCCUGAAUUAGAGGUGAUACGUCCUCAAAGGCCACCAGCGCCCCCUACAGAUUACUUCCAAAUGAACUUGGGUGGGUACGACCCAUACUCUCUGCAUUUGGCUCCCAGAGCGACCCUGUACCCACAAGGAGGUUAUAUUGGAUGUGUCAGAGGCUUCAAGAUUGCUGAUCAUGUUGCUGAUCUGUCUAGAAAGGCGUUACAGACUACUGACCAAGAUCUCACAGGAGUCUUACCGAAAUGUGAUAUGAAGUGUGACUCUGAGCCUUGCAAAAAUGGAGGUAUUUGUACUGAAGACUUCACAAAUCAGGAAAGCAGUUGUGACUGCGAACUAACCAGCUACUUUGGAGAGAACUGCAUUGAUGAAAAGGGAGCUGAUUUCACUGGAGAAAGCAUUCUGCAAAGAAAAUUUAAUUUGUCAGGACCUGUGCAUAAGGUAAAAAUAAAAUUGGCGUUUUCAAGCAAUGAUCUACGUCAGAAAAACACAGUACUAUUAUUGGUGCAAACAGAAAAUAAACGCAGUUACUUCUUGCUCGUAGCAAUCACACAAGAUGGCUACUUGAAGUUCGAAGAAAAUCGCGAGGAGGAAGCUUACGGCACUGAAGUUAAGAAUAGGAACUUUUUAAAUGGAGCCCGUCACACUAUCUACUACACCCGAACCAAUCAAGAAGCCAUGCUUCUAAUAGACAGGAUAGAGGUCCCUCUAGAAAAGGUUCCUCCACAAAUUGUCAUACCCUACGUCGAGUUAGGGUCCAAUGAAAUUCAAGUUGGAGGCCUCAAUACUACGGACCCGAGGCUUAAGAUUUAUAAAGGAUAUAGUGGGUGUUUGUCCAAUAUUCUGGUAGAAAUAAACGAUUACGAGAUGAAGCCAUUAGAAGAGUACAUGUUAUUCACUCGACCGAACUCAGCCGAGGUGAAUGCCGUCAACGCUCAAGGAGUGAGAUCAGCCCAAUGUUCUGCGGACUUUGACGAAGCCUGGCCUGACCAGACACAGUUAGCCGCGUCACAUAAUGGCAGCUUUCUUAUUAGUGUAGAUAAGACAUGGGUGGAAGACCCACCUUCCCGCAAUCCUUAUGAUUCGUUGUACCAACAGCCAGACGCGGAAGAGGACAAUACUGAUAAUUUCUUUAUAGCACUUAUCUGUGUUUUCUUGCUAGGAUUAUGUUACUGUGGUUAUCACAUGUGGCGAACUCACAAGGCGUACAAGUUGAGUCUAGAAAAACAAACGAAUGAGGACAUUAUGAGGAGUAAGGAACAUGCGACGAAACUACAGGAGCCAACCAUUUCGUUUUUGCAGUUGAACAAAGACCCAAUAGCAGAUGACCCAAUCCUCGAUGGUGAGAAAAAAACCAACGGAGUUACUAUUGACACUGCCGUGGUCAUAGUGGAGAUACCGAGCGAAGGCUCAAUCAGUAGGAAAGGAAGCUUGCGAUAUAGAGACAUGUUAGAAAAAGAAAAAGUUUGGGAGACUCUUGAGGAAAAGGAUGAAAUGUCCGAUGAUGAGAGUGAAGCAGACGAUGAUGAUAAUGACAAUGGCGAUGAUGGUGAAGGUAAAGUUAAUGGUAAUGAUCGCGAAGCCAACUGUGGAGACCCUGAUACUGAUGACGAAUCCAAGGAGGAUUCCUCGACUUCUGAUAGUGAAGAGAAUCAACAGCAACAGCCCCAUAUUAACGGUCGCAAGAACAUCAACAAGGAGGGACCGCCGACACAAACUAAUUUGACGACGCAGUUGCCUUAUAAAAUAGAUGAAGAUGACACAAACGAGCUUCUUACGUCUACUGCUUAG